AUGUUUACAAAUUGGUUAACUGGUAGCAGCAGCAGCAGCAGCAGCCGUGUGGCAGCAACAACUGUCAAUACAAUGGCUGUUGCUGGUGUUGGUAGUGCUGUUGCUGUUGCUGGUGUUAGUGGUGGUGGUGGUAUUGGUAGCGUCAUGUCCACACCGCCGGAUGUGAUACUUGAAGUUGGUCCAGCGCCAAGUAGUGUGCGUUUUGUGGCACAUGCUUUAGUUCUUGGCAUGCAUAGCGGUUAUUUACGCUCAGCAAUACGCAUGGAUGAAGCAACUGUGGCGGCGGCAACAGCAACAACAACAGCAGCAACUGUUGCUGCCACACCAGCAAGCCAUAGCGGUGAAUUGCUCUUGUAUUUGGGCAAUGUAACAGCGGAACAAUUUGCACCAUUGUUAACAUACAUGUACACGGGCUACUUGGAUCUCAAUGUGGACAACAUAUUUGCCGUGCUGCUUGCCACACAUGUGUUGCACAUGCCGCGUGCUUUGGAGAUUUGUCGCUCGUAUUUGGCACGCGCUCAGACAGAGGGCUAUUUGAGCGGUCAGCAACAGCAGUUGCCACUGCCGGUGGCAAGUGUUGCACCCAAAAUCAUACGUCCAAUUGCCAGCAAGGCAACAUUGCCAAAUUUUGGUUUUUUACCAGCGCCGCCACCGCCGCCAAAUGUGGCAAGUGUUUCAAGUGUGGCAACAUCCGGCUACUUGCAACCUGCCGUAGAUGCAACAGCGGAACUUUCUAUUGCUGCUAGUGCUGCUGCUGCUGUUGAUGCUGUUGCUGCUGACGAGGAGGAUGAGGAUGUGGAAGUGUUUAUUGACAGCAAUACGGCAACAGAUAAUGAACUCGACACCGAAGAUUGCAACGUGUCUGUGGUAAGUUCGUUGGGCAGCAGCAGCGCUGCCUCCAGUCUCAACAUUGAGCGUGUGGAUGUGAAAAGAACGCCGACACCAACAACAACACCAACAAUGAUGCCAGCAAAUGUUGCUGCAACAACACAACCUAAACACGUCACAGCAACAGCAACAACAACAAAGCAGCGACGCAGCAGCAGCAACAACAACAACAACAACAAUACAACACGCAAAUCACUCAACAAUAAACGUGGCAAUUGUCGUAGUGUUGCAAGUGCCACAACGGGAUUGCAGGUGGCAAAAGCGCCAGUGUCCGCAUUGCAAUUGGAGAUGGCAACGCCGCCCACAACAACAUCCAAGUUCAUAAUCGAUGUGGCAAGUUGCGAUGGCCCCGUGCGUUUUCGUCGCAUACUCAACACAGCCUAUGGCCACAAGCCGGAGACUUGCAACAAUGCUGCCGUCGUCGAGUUGCAACGAACGCAGCAAAGUGUCAGUUAUUCAUUCCAUCAGCAAAUGGCGAGAGCAAUCAGCAGUCAACAGCGACAGCAGCAGCAGGAGGAGAACGAGAACAGCGGCGACACAGCAGCAGCAGCAGCAGCAGCUCCAAAUGUGACAGCAACAACUGCUGCUUCUACUGUUGCUGUUGGCACCACACAACGCAAGCAAACGCAUUCCGAGUUAUUUGUCUGCGUUUACUGCAAGCACACAUUUAAAUCACAAUAUUGCUAUCAAAAACAUGCCAAGCGGCAUUUGAAUCCAUUAAGUUUGGACAAAAAGCUAACGGAGGCGCCACACGCUGCCACCAGCAGCAGCAGUAGCAGGGACAACAGUGCCGCAGAGUUGCUGGCAGCAGCAGCAGCAACUACAACAGCAACAGCUGCAACUGCGGCAGCAGGAGUUGCAGCUGCAGCAACAGCAGCAACUGUUGCAAAUGUGACUGGAGCAGAUGCGACACUCUCUGCAGCCGCAUUGUUGUUGCGACGCGAGGUGCGUCCACUUGACAUGAAUGUGCAAUAUUAUCCAUGCAAAACAUGUGGCAGCAAAUUUCCUAGUUAUUAUUUUGUGCACAAGCAUCGCAAGCUAUGUCAUGCCGAUGAGCUUGAAGCAACCACAACCAGCACCAGCAACAACAACAACAACUCGACAAGUAGCAACAGCAACAGCAGCAACAGUGGCAUCACCAAACGUGAGGCAACAACAGCAACGGCAACAGCAACGGCAGCGGAGACAACGCCAUAAACUGAUAACAAAGAAUUUAGCACGCAAUUUAAUGCACCUCACACACACGCAUACACACACUCACACACAACCAUUCACACACACGCACAACAAUUUUUUUUUUUAGUCACUCUAGUCUCUGAUUGUAAAAGCAAAUGAGAAAAACUAACCAAAUAAAAAGCAACCAUUAAAAUAACAAA